AUGCAGAGAUCACCUGUGGAUGAUGCCGGCUUCCUCUCGAGAUACUUUUUCUGGUGGACAAGCCCUCUUAUGCGAAAGGGUUUUAGGGAAAAGCUGAAGCCAUCAGAUGUUUAUCAGACUCCGUCACAGGAUGCUGCAGAUGUGCUUGCAGAACGUCUGGAAAAAGAAUGGGACAGAGAAGUUAUAUCUGCGAAGAAAAAACCCAGUCUUUUACGAGCACUUUCCCGAUGCUUCAUUCGACCCUUCAUAUUAUUUGGAAUCCUCCUUUAUUUUGGGGAAGCCACAAAAACUGUGCAGCCACAGCUCCUGGGCCGAAUCAUCGCCUCAUUCGACCCUCACCAUGAGCCAGAGAGAGAACAGGGCUACUUCCUGGCCCUAGGCCUAGGCCUGCUGUUUAUCACCCGCUUCCUCCUUCUGCAGCCCGCCAUGUUUGGGCUGCACCACCUGGGCAUGCAGAUCCGCAUUGCCCUUUUCAACUUAAUUUAUAAAAAGACACUAAAGCUGUCCAGCAGGGUGUUGGACAAAAUCAGUACAGGGGAGCUGAUCAGCCUGAUGUCAGCCAACCUGGGCAAGUUUGAUCAGAGCCUGGGAAUGGCCCACUUUGUAUGGAUUUCUCCUUUGCAGUGUAUCCUGUGUGUGGGACUAAUUUGGGAGCUCAUAGAAUUCAACAGCUUCUGUACCCUUGCUGCAAUCUCCCUGCUGGGGGUCAUCCAGGCCUGUCUUUGUCAUAAAAUGGGACCUUACAAAGCACAAAAGGUACUGCUUACUAAUAAGCGUCUUGCCCUGACCUCGGAGAUUAUGGAGAAUCUGCACUCAGUGAAAGCCUAUGGCUGGGAGGAGAUCAUGGAGACCAUCAUCAGGAAUAUCAGACAGGAUGAGGUCAAGCUGACCAGGAAGAUCGGCUCUCUGCGCUACUUCUACAGCUCUGCCUACUUUUUUUCUGCUAUUUGGGUGAUCAUGGCAGCAGUGGUGCCCCAAGCUCUCACCACAGGCAUCACUAUACGACGCAUCUUUACUACUCUGUCCUACUGCAUGGUGCUGCGCAUGACUGUCACUCGCCAGUUGCCUGCUUCCAUCCAGAUGUGGUACGACACCAUCAGGCUUAUCUGGAAAAUUGAGGAUUUUCUUAGCAAAGAAGAAUACAAACUGAUGGAGUAUGACCUCAGCAUUACAGACAUGGAACUUGAAAAUAUCACCGCUUCCUGGGAUGAGGGUAUUGGUGAGCUCUUUGAGAAGAUUAAGCAAGAGAGCAAAGCAAAUGGCUAUUCAAAUGGAGAUGGACUCUUCUUCACCAACCUCUACGUAACACCCGUGCUUAGGAAUAUCAGCUUACACUUGGAGAAAGGUGAAAUGUUGGCAGUGGCUGGAUCCACAGGAUGCGGAAAGAGCUCCCUGUUAAUGACUAUCCUGGGCGAGCUGGUCCCUUCCUCAGGAAAAAUCCGACACAGUGGCCGUGUCUCCUACUCCUCCCAGACUGCCUGGAUCAUGCCUGGCACCAUCCGAGACAACAUCCUGUUCGGGCUAACCUAUGAAGAAUACCGCUAUAGCAGAGUGGUUAAAGCAUGCCAGCUAGAGGAGGACCUGGCUGUUCUUCCUGAGAAGGAUAGGACACCUUUGGCAGAGGGGGGACUGAACCUGAGUGGGGGACAGAAAGCACGGGUUGCCCUAGCCAGGGCUGUGUACAGAGAUGCUGAUACCUACCUGCUGGAUGCCCCUUUCACACAUUUAGAUAUUGCUACAGAGAAAGAGAUAUUUGACAAGUGUAUGUGCAGGCUCAUGGCCUCCAAGACCCGCAUUGUGGUCACCAACAAAAUCGAACACCUAAAGCGGGCCGACAAGAUCCUGCUGCUACACAACGGUGAAUGUUUUUUUUAUGGCACGUUCUCAGAGCUGCAGUCACGGCGACCUGACUUCAGCUCUUUGUUGCUGGGUCUGGAAGCCUACGACAACAUUACUGCUGAGCGCCGCUGCUCUAUCCUUACUGAGACACUACGCAGAGUAUCUGUGGAUGAAACCGCAGGGAUACAUCCUGAUCAUCCCUCCUACCGGCAGGUGCCUCCUCCCACCUACAUAGAUGAGAGGAAGGCUUCAGUGAUCAUCAACCCACUGGCGGUCGACCGUAAGGCUUCUUUCAUCCAGGUGAUCGAAGAGGAGGCCAAGCGGCCACUGCCUGACCGCAAGUUCUCUCUGGUGCCUGAGAACGAAUUGGUGGACGAGUCAUUCAUGGGGAAUGAUAUGUAUCACAACCACGGUGUGCAUAUGGCAGGUCAGAGAAGGCAGUCUGUGCUGGCCUUUAUGACCAACACACAGGGUCUAGGUAGACGUGACCAGCUCCAGUCCUCCUUCCACAGCCGCCUGUCCAUUGUGCCCCAGAGUGAGCUGGCUUCCGAGCUGGACAUCUAUACCCGUAGACUGUCCAAAGACAGUGUCUACAACAUCACCAGAGAAAUAGAUGAGGAGAAUAUUGAGGCAUGCUUUGCAGAUGAACAAAUAGAGGAUACUUUUGAAACCACAAAAUGGAACACGUAUGUCAGAUAUGUGUCGAACAACAAAAGUCUCAUAUAUGUUCUGAUCUUCAUCCUCAUCAUUUACGCUAUUGAGGUAAUCAUGCUAAUCAUUAUUCAUCUUUGCAUGUACUUGAAUCAGUGUUUAUUUUAUUGAACUCUGAUCUUCCAAAAAAAUAAUGUAAUCACUCAUCACCAGUUAGCUGUGGGUAAUUCAGAUUAUGCUGUCAGUAUCCUACCCAACAGCAGCUAUUACAUCAUUUACAUCUACGUAGCAACAUCGGAGGGCAUCUUAGCGCUUGGCUUUUUUCGGGGGCUACCUCUUGUCCACACAAUGAUCACCAUAUCCAAGAAACUGCAUCAGAAAAUGUUGACGUCUGUGUUAAGGGCACCAAUGUCUGUCCUCAACACCAUGAAGACAGGUUGUAUCAUGAACAGGUUCACUAAGGACAUGGCUACUAUAGAUGACAUGUUGCCUCUGCUGUUGUUUGACUUUGUACAGCUGACUUUAGUGGUGCUGGGAUGUAUUCUGGUCGUGUCUAUCAUACGACCAUACAUAUUCCUUGGAGCUACACCCUUGGCCUGUGUCUUUAUUGUGAUGAGGAAAUACUUUCUGCGCACAGGUCAGCAGCUGAAGCAAAUGGAGACAGAAGCUCGCAGUCCCAUCUUCUCCCACCUCAUCAUCUCACUAAAAGGACUGUGGACGAUCCGGGCCUUUGACCGGCAGGCAUACUUUGAAACUUUGUUCCAUAAAGUCCUCAACACACACACAGCCAUCUGGUUCCUCUACCUUUCCACCCUGCGCUGGUUCCUCUUCCGUGCUGACAUAAUCUAUUUCUUCUUCUUCACGCUCGCUGCCUGGAUUGCAGUAGGAACCAACCAGGAUAAAACGGGUGAGGUUGGGAUCGUUAUAGCCCUGACGAUGCUCAUCCUAGGCACCUUCCAGUGGUGUGUCGUCACCAGCCUUGCAGUGGAUGGAAUGAUGCGUUCUGUGGAGCGUAUCUUUAAGUUCAUCGACCUGCCGUCCGAGGAGCCUCAACCUAGGCUCGGCCAGAGAAAAGCCUCAACCCUGGUCAUUGAGAAUCCAGAAGCCUGCAGUGAUACUUGUUGGCCCAGCCACGGGCAGAUGGAAAUACACAAUUUAACAGUUAAAUACACAGAGGCGGGACAUGCCGUGCUCAAGAACCUGUCUUUCAAUGUGGAGGGUGGACAGAAGGUGGGCAUAUUGGGAAGGACAGGUUCUGGGAAAAGCACACUAUUCAAUGCACUCCUGCGUCUGGCCUACACAGAUGGAGAGAUGUCUAUUGACGGUGUGUCCUGCUAUAACAUGUCCCUGCAAAAAUGGAGGAAAGCUUUUGGUGUAGUGCCUCAGAAAGUUUUCAUCUUUACCGGAACAUUUCGGAUGAACCUGGACCCAUAUGGAUGCCACAGUGAUAAGGAGCUGUGGAAGGUCACUGAGGAGGUAGGCCUGAAGUCAGUGAUUGAGCAAUUUCCUGAUAAGCUGGAUUUCCACCUGGAAUACGGAGGGCACGUGCUGAGCUACGGCCACAAGCAGCUGAUGUGUCUGGCUCGAUCCAUCCUCAGUAGGGCCCAAAUCCUGCUGCUGGAUGAGCCAAGUGCCCACCUUGACCCCAUCACUGUGAAGGUACUGAAGAAGACGCUAAGGCAGUCCUUCUCCUCCUGCACUAUAUUACUGUGUGAACACGAGGUGGAACCACUACUUGAAUGUCAAUGCUUCCUGAUGAUGGAGCAGGGGAAGGUAAAGACUUAUGAGUCAAUCCAGCGCCUGUUGAACGAGACCAGCCAGCUGAAACAGGCCAUGAGUCCAGCCGAGCGCCUCAAACUCUUCCCACGCCGAAACUCUAGUAUGCGUGUGCCGCAGCCCAAAUUGAACUCCGUCACACACACACUGCAGGAGGAGACGGAGGACGACAUCGAGGUCACUCGUCUUUAAGCCCCAGGCAAUCAGAUACUCCAGAAGCUCUGCCUUCAUAAGCUCCUGCUAACUUAGGACUACUCAUGUCCUGUACAAUAUGCUCUCUUUUUACACACUCAUUCUGAAGGUUUUUUUUUUUUUUAAAUCAUGUGCGCUGAUG